CGUCCCUGGUUGUCUGCCUGAGCGGCGCGGCGUCUGAGGGCUUUCGGGCGGGACUCGGGGUUCGCGAGGCUGCUGGAGCCAUGGCGGAGUCGGCCCCUGCUCGGCACAGGAGAAAACGACGCUCCACUCCUUUAAGUUCUUCCACACCUCCUGCACAAGCCACGGAGAAAAGUUCCUAUUUCCAGACCACAGAGGUCUCCCUCUGGACAGUAGUGGCUGCUCUCCAGGCUGUUGAGAAGCAGCUGGAGUCCCAGGCAGCCAGGCUGCAGAGCCUGGAGGGACGUGCGGGGACGGCCGAGAAGAAGCUGGCCGACUGCGAGAAGACGGCCGUGGAGUUCGGCAACCAGCUGGAGAGCAAGUGGGCCGUGCUGGGCACGCUGCUGCAGGAGUACGGGCUGCUGCAGCGGCGCCUGGAGAACGUGGAGAACCUGCUGCGCAACAGGAACUUCUGGGUGCUGCGGCUGCCCCCGGGCAGCAAGGGGGAAGCCCCCAAGGUGUCCAGAUCGCUUGAGAAUGAUGGUGUCUGUUUCACUGAGCAGGAGUGGGAGAAUCUGGAGGACUGGCAGAAGGAGCUCUACCGAAAUGUGAUGCAGAGCAACUAUGAGACACUGGUGUCCCUGAAGGUCCUUGGCCAGCCAGAGGAAGAAGCAGAGUUGAGUGGUGAGAUGUUGGGUGACUUGGAGAAAGAAGACCCUGGUGGUGCCCAUCUUGCAGAUGGGGUCAUGGUCAGACAGGAGCUGCAGUACCAACCGGAACACUCUGCAGGCCUUCCGGGAGAGUUCUCGGGCAUCACUGAAGACCAGGCUUUCCUGAACCCACCCCAGGCUGAAUUCUGGGACAGUCAGAGUGCGUCUGUCUUCUUGGAAUCAGGCCCUGGAGACUCUAAUCUAGAGGAGCCUGUGUGUAGUAGAGACCCCAGCAGUGGCCAAAUUCUGGGCUGCCCCCCAAAGCAGAAAUCCCAUAGGCAGGUGCAUCCAGGUCAGGAGUGUGGGCAAGGCCUGAAGCUAAAAAGGGACACUUCUAGCUCCUACCAGUGUUCAGAGUGUGAGAUCAGCUUCCGCUACAAGCAGCAGCUGGCUACCCAUCUGCGGAGCCACUCGGGGUGGGAGUCUUACACAGCAGCAGAGCCAACCGAGAGUCUUCGGCCCAAGCCACGGCUGAAACCCCCAAGCAAGAAGGCAAAGCUGCAUCAAUGUGAUGUAUGUCUGAGGAGCUUCAGCUGUAAGGUGAGCCUGGUGACCCAUCAGCGCUACCACCUGCAGGAGGGGCCCAGUGCUGGCCAGUGCAUCCAGGAACGGUUCUCGCCCAACAGCCUGGUUGCCCUUCCUGGCCACAUUCCUUGGAGGAAAAGCCGGAGUUCCCUCAUCUGCGGUUACUGUGGCAAGAGCUUCAGCCAUCCCUCUGACCUGGUGCGGCACCAGCGCAUCCACACAGGGGAGCGGCCCUACCGCUGCACCGAGUGUGAGAAGAGCUUUGUCCAGAAGCAGCACCUCCUGCAACACCAGAAGAUCCACCAGCGGGAGCGCGGCGGGCUGGCCUUGGAGCCUGGAAAGCCCAAUGGCCUGCUUUAAGGAUGCCAGCCCCUCACCCGUCUCGGGGGCGGAGGGGGGGUGGCAUUAAACCCCCGAAAAGACAUGCAGAAUCAAAGACUGACUGCUUCCCAAGGGGAGUUGUUUCUGAUUUGCCUUCCCUAACCAAGUACCAGGCUAAGCUCACAUGUAUUGGUGAGAACCAAGUGGAAGAGGAGUCCAGUGCCAGGCCUCUCCCUGCUCUCUUGACCCUGCUGCUGGGCUCACUGGUUCUUUGGGCUCCUCCGAUUGAUGGUUUUCUGUUCCAGGCCAUUACUCGUGGGCUGGUGUUGGUGUUUUGGCCCCACAGGUAGCUAGUUCUAGGGCCUGUCCCAGCAUUUCUUGUCUCCUGCAAGGUUGAGCCAGCGUGUAAGAAUGGGCAGAUGUGGGGACGUGUCCUGGGAAGCAUUACUCUCCAUUUCCUCCUUUUUUAUAGCCUUUUUGUUAAUAACAAGUAGAAGAAAUAAUUUAAAUGAAUGGCCUACCUUAUUCUGAAGGUCCUUUUUUGGAAUUAGAUUUUAGUUGACUUAAAUAUAUAUAUGUAACCCAACACUUGUUAAAUUUCAAGAGUUGUAGAAGUUGUUCCUAACAUGGGGACUGAGCCUGCCCUCUGGGAGGGAAUAGUUUAUGGGGCUCUUUGAGCCCACUCUCACUUAGGUCAGAGAAUAGGGGACACAGUGCUGGGCUUCCUCUUCGCAGGGUGCUUGGUGCUCUUCAAAGGGGUACAUUUCCUUAAAGGACUGAGAGGAGGAGAGUAACAUGGGCCAACCCAGAGCGCUUGCUGAGAGUAAGAAUUUCUGUGAAGUAGCUGAAGGUCCCAGUCUUGUUCUGGUAAGUUUCCAAGUCUUGUGGUUCUCUCCUGUUCUUCCUGUCCCAACCCAGUUCUCCUGUGGUUCUGCAGCCUCCUGCAGUAGAAGACUACUUUGUUGCUUAAGUUUGUUCAGCUUGUAUCGGUGUUUUGUUUUGUUUUUUUAAUGUAUUUGUGCUUAUUACUUAAAUUUACUCAGAUGACAUUUGCCACAUCCGGCCAGGGAUUGCCUGUGUCGGGUGAUGGAGUGAGAUCGCACAGAUGCUUGUCUGAGGAGCGUCUCCUGCCCCACUGUUGGGGAGGGGUGAGGAUGGCCUGUAGAUCAUUUCUGAGUGUCCCCCUUGGGUGAUUUGCAGUUGCCUAGAAUAAAAGUUACUACUAACAGAAAAAAAA